GCUCCUUGCUGUACCCUCGCCAUGGCGUCGUGUCUCUGCUCUCUCAGUAACAGAAAGUGGCCGCCUCUCUGCUGCUGCUGCCGACUCAAAGCUCACAGACUCGCUCGGCGCCCCAAACCGCCAUUUUGGAGUCAGAGAACCGAGAGUCGGCAGCGGCGAGGAGAGAGGCGAAAAGGGGGGACACGGGGCCGAGGUGAGAGACUCCGUGGUGGUUGUUAUGGCGAAGGAGCAAUGGGGGGAAGAUGGCCGGGAGGGAGAGAAUUAAAACAUGGGGAUCAUUCGUUCACCAGGCAACUCGGUCCCCGCUCGUGCCCGCUGCAAGGGUACGAGAGGCGCGGGCGGAGGGCCUCACCAACCGACGACUAGCCUGUUAUACUCUUGUCAGUUUACCAAUAUCAUAUCUAAAUACAUAGUUUAGGUAGGGAGGUGGUGGCCUUAAAGAGACAGGGCCGGUUUGAAUACUUCAUAUUAACGGUGCGAGAGUCCAAACCCCUUCAUAUAUGAACAGCUAACGUCUAUGAAGAAAUGCUACAUUACAUAGCUAGGACCCAGUAGCCUAGAAACAAAAGGCUUUCGGUUCCUGAAACUACUAACGGCUGUUUUUAAUCCACAUUUUAAAAAGUGCGGUUUAUUUUUGUGUGUAUAAACCAGCCUUGACCCUGUACUAUCAUUGAUCAGAGACAAGGCAAGCGGCUAGCACCAGUUAGCUGCACGAACCCGGGUUAGCGAGCAUAUUCCGGCUAACGCAGCAUGGAUCUGCGAGCAAGCUACCAGACAAGGGAGCUAAGGAAGCUAUUAGUUGUGGGGGAAUAAACACCCGUUUUCUUAAAACCUCUUUUCUUUUCUUUUCUCUUGGGGAGAGGAAGAAUAAAUGCUAGCCCAACACACUCGUGGCAGUGAAGUUGCAUCUGGGAGCAAAGUCAAUACUGCAUGUAGAUAGUGGUGCUGCAUGAAGUUUACAACACACUGUCAAUAGAAGCACUGAAGGAUGAACAACUUCAAAAUCAUAUUUACACUUUUAUAAAUCAUUUUUAUUUUACAGAUUAUCUCUAACAUGUAAUUAAUAACCAAAAGACUUAAAGCGUAAGGAUCUGGGCUUAUUUAAUGCUUUAAAAUGUGCUAAUGAAUAACUUAUUCAUGGUUGUGAUCAGAUUUUUGAUUUACGCAUCUUUAGUUUUACUUUUUUAUGUGUGCUGCUCUUUGUUACUACUAUGCCUGUUUUGGCCAGAACAGCAUUAAAAAGAGAUUUUUCUUAUCCUGGUUUAACUGUUAAAAUUAUGGCGUAAGGUGGAAACAUAAAAGAAACUUGCAAUCCACUUAAAUUCCCUUUGAAUUAUAAACACUAGUUAUAUAGAAGUUGUGCAAAAUUGUGUUGAAAGCACUGCCAUUUCCUUUCAUUUUGAUAUAUUUCUGACCAAGAUAUUUAGAAACUAAUUGCAUUUGUGCAUAAUCCCUUUCUUAGUAUUGCUCCAUAGUAUUAACACUCUCUAAUAAACACAACAUGUCAUAUUGUACUGGCUCUAUAAACAAUAUUAAAUAGCAACUUUUGACAGCUGAUUUUCUGUUGUAGGGUAGUCAACCUUUGCCUGAUUGUUUAUCUUGAAAUGAAGAAUUAUGACAUCCCCUACUGAGAAGGUAGGUCUAUGGUUAUCUUUUAUUCUGCUUCUGCCAAUUUGCAAAUAUCAGAACAGCCUGAAUUUAUAUAGCUGUUCUGUCUUUAUUAUAAAAUCUAAGAUGUAGGCAGUGAUUGAAAGGUGUAGAACCACGCUAGAAAAAAAAAAAGUAACUCCCACAUCUUUCAGACAAAUCCUCUAAGUGGUAUCAGCCUUCAUACCUGCAGUGUUUGCUACAAUUUAGAAGAAGUGCUAAAUCACAGCAGAGCCGUACAGAUACCCACAGUAAGCAGUGUCCUGUGCUGCUCGUUCUGACCUUGAGGCAUCUGCCGGCCUCUUUUUCUCCUCUCCACUUAUUUCUCUCCAGUGAAAGUUACUGCCCCGCUGGGCAGAGCUGUCUUUGCUGUAUGGCGUCGGGGCAGGGUGGCCGGCUGGAGGUUGUAUCAUUAGGGAGCUCCAGCCUGGCCAAACCUCUCUACCUGCAGCGCUUGGAAAGAUCUCUGAAGUUGGACAGUUUCCUGCGCCAGACCGCCACCGUCUUCAACAGAGACGUUACAAGGUAGAGGCAGGGUGGAUUAGCAAAGAGCGUUAUUGUCUCACCUUUAGGCUUAUUGUUUGUUCCGUUUGAAACUAUCAGCAGUUGAUGUUACAGUUUAAAGUCUGCUCUUUUUCGGCUGUAAAUGUAGUUGUUGUGUUACGCAGUGGGUUGGCUCACAUCUCCAUGUUCCUCAUGUUCCAGCGACGACAGUGAUGAUAGUGAUGAAAGCGAUGGUGCACUGGGGUCAGGGCUUUCCCUGGACCCCUCCACUCAGCACGCAGCGCUGACAGUGAAGACUGAACCAUGUGAACAAGGGGAUGGGUUGGGCGAAGGGAAGCCCCUCAACGGAGUUCUGCUGCAAGGUAAAGGUGAGACACACACAGACACACUGAGGUGUUAUUCACUUAUGACUACACAUGCUCACCUUGUCUUAUGCCCUUUCAUGCGCAUUUAUCUCGUGAUAUUUUCUCUUUUUUAACAGACCAGAAGGCGGAUAAAGCUAGUAUGUACAAUUUCUCUAAGCUGAAGAAGAACAGAAAAUGGCUGAAGGUACUUGGAUAUUCUUCUUCCAACUACAUAUCAGAGUAUUAAGAUGGUUUGCUUACAUAGAUACAACAAAACCCAAGUUGAGAGUAUUUCACUGCUUUUUUACACCACCACUUUUUUUAUGGCAUUUAAAUUGUGUAUAUUGUAGAAAGCUUUAUUUUUUCUUCUCCCUUUUCUAAUUUUUUUCUUAAUUAUUACAUUUAUUUAAGUUCUUAAUAUUAGGACCCUUAUUGUUAUAACUGCAUUUUUGCACUUUUUGUCUUGUCUGUGAUGCUGCUGUGACAAAAAAAUUUCCCCCAUGGGGGAUCAAUAAAGGAAUAUUCUAUUCUAUUCUAUUCUCUUUGCUGUGUCUACUCCAUUCUCCAGCACCAUCUACAGAUUUACACAAACAUCAUCUUCCUGUAAACUCCUUCCUCUGUCUCCUGCAGAGUAUCCUGCUGAGCGACGACACCACAGACUCGGACACAGACUCGGACGACUCGGACUUCUGUCUGUCUCGGGAGGAGCUGCAUGACAUGCUGAGGCUACACCGCUUCACCAGGCAGCAUCAGAGCAAGUUCCACUCUGACCGAGAGGUACGAACUCAUGGACUCAUCAGGCUCAGGGAUAAUUCAAACCCACCUCAUGUUUGUUAAAGUCAUGCCAACUAAAUGAUUUGUGUACUUUUGUUUACUUUGCAGCUCCACCAAUAUCAGUAUUACAGCACUGGUCUCCUCUCCACUCAUGACCCCUUCUAUGAACAACAGCGCCACCUACUGGGCCCCAAGAAGAAGAAAAUCAAAGAUGAGAAGAAAUUUAAGGGUACAGACAUCUGAAAAAAACACAUGAAAAAUGUGAUAAUUCUGAAUGAGUAUUGCAGAAAUUAAAAUAUCUUUAUGAUUCUUUACUUUCAGCAAAACUGAAAAAAGUGAAGAAGAAGAAGAAACGUGGAGAGGGGGAGUUUCUGGAUGAGGGGCGUCCUUAUGUCACCAAGAUCUUUGCUAAAUUCUCCCAUGAUGCUCCGUUGCCCAUGGUGAAGAAGAAACAUCUGACUGUUGAGCAGCUGAACGCUCGUCGGCGCAAGGUCUGGCUAACCAUCGCUAAAAAGGAGAUCCCUAAGGUUGGUUUUUACCGCACUGACAGCCUGUAGAAAUGUAUUUUCUUCAUGGUGAAGUAUUUAAGUUUUUGGGUUAUUUCUCAUCAGUAUCUUAUCUGUACCUUCAUUUCAGACUUACAAGCAGAAGACCUCUGCAAAGAACUUAGUCUUAACCAACGCUAAAAAGGUAAUUGUGCUCCAAUAUGGUGUUUAAAAUGACGUGUUAUGAAUAAUAAAGAUCAUUUUGGUUAAAUAUCUGGUAGGUUUAACCGUAGAUUAGGUUAAGUAUUAAAAGUGUAUUUGUUUUCCUUUAAUCCAGUUGGCUCACCAGUGCAUGAGAGAGGUCCGGCGGGCAGCCAUCCAGGCUCAGAAGAACUGUAAGGAGACGUUACCCCGAGCUCGCCGCCUCACCAAGGAGAUGAUGCUUUACUGGAAGAAGUACGACAAAGUGGAGAAGGAGCACAGGAAGAGGGCGGAGAAGGAGGCGCUGGAGCAGCGUAAGCUGGAUGAAGAGAUGAGAGAGGUAAGAGGAGCGAAAACUUUCCCUUGAAAAAAUGUUAAAGGUCAAGACUGAAUAACCUUGAACUGUUGAAAUGAACUGAUUUUUUUCCCUCUCAGGCUAAACGUCAGCAGCGCAAACUGAAUUUCCUCAUCACCCAGACUGAGCUGUACGCUCACUUUAUGAGCGGGAAAGCCAGCAUGGGGGGUCCGGAGGGAGAUAAGGCUCAGGAGGAAAUUCUGAGUAAGCUGGAAGACACUGCGGCACAGAGACAGAUAGACAUUGGAGGAGGUGUGAUGGUCAACAUGGGACAAGAGGACUAUGGUACGCUUAUUCUUUCACUGAUACUGAGUUCAUUUUGUUUUCUUAGCUGAAACUUUUAUAUUCAGCCAAAUGGACCUAUUUUGAUUGUAUUUUGAUUGCUAAACCUUAACUUCCUUAUAUGACUAUUAAGUGUCCACCAUUUCGUGUCCGUGUGGUUUCAGAUAGUGAACACUACAAAUCCCAGGCCUUGAGGAAUGCUAAAGAAGCCUACCAGAUUCACCAAGAGAGAGUAGGUUUAAGUGAUCACACUCUCAACUCACAGAUGCACAAAUAACCUCCCCCUGUCUCUACUUUGCUAACGUCUCUUAUCUCUCUGUGUAGACACGCAUGUUUGACGAGGAGGCUAAAGACAGCCGCAGCGCCUCGCUGCACACGGCUUGCGGCUCCUCUUCCGGCUCCGGGUUCGGAGAGAGCUACAGUCUGUCCAACCCGUCCAUCCUCGCCGGUGAAGAAAUCCCUCAGCCCACCAUCUUCAACGGCAAACUGAAGGGUUACCAGCUCAAGGGGAUGAACUGGCUGGCCAAUCUCUAUGAGCAGGUAUCGUGACCCUUUAUAAAAGGAUGACUUUUCAUUUUGUGGUGGAAGUUCAUUUUUCAAAUUAUGUGCUUGUUCCAGACACAUUGAUUUAUGUCCUUUUUAUAAUGCUUCUUUGUUUUCUUCCCUCUUUGCAGGGAAUCAAUGGAAUCCUGGCAGACGAGAUGGGGCUGGGAAAGACGGUGCAGAGUAUUGCCCUGCUGGCACACCUGGCGGAGGUGAGAGAGUGCACGAGAAUACUUAAUGUUAUGAAAACUUAUAAUCACUUCUAAAGCCAUAUAGAUGCAUUUACAAGGGUUUAUAAAUGUGCUUAUAAUAGAUCCAUAUAAUGAACUUUUGACGAACAAAUGAAAAUCUAGAACAGCCAGCUCCUUUGUGCACCUGCAUCCUGAAAGUGUUUCAAUAUGUGAUUCAUAUGAUGAAUUUCAUUGUUGUGAGAGGCUGACUCAGGGGCUCUUUAGCUCUGUUGUAACAGCUGAGGAUUAUAAAAAGCUGAAAUAAGAGGAAAUCUGUGCUUUUCGGUGCUGAAGUACAGCUGACAGGAAUAUUCAUGCUCUCUUCCUUCACAGCUUCCUCUCAUUGGGCGCUCAAUCACACACACACAAACACAGACACCUUUUUCAGCAGCUGAAAAUCUCUUUCUUUUUCUGCUCCCGCUCAGAGAGACAACAUCUGGGGCCCUUUUCUGAUCAUCUCUCCGGCGUCGACUCUGAACAACUGGCACCAGGAGUUCACCCGCUUCGUGCCCAAAUUCAAGGUGAGGAUCCAGGCCGAAACACCCGCAGAAACACACUCACUGCCUGUGUUUCCAUUUUAGGAAAUCCUGCCCCAAAACCGAGAAUCCUCUAGAACACAGGUGUCAAACUCAAACUAUCUGCCUCACAAGAUCAUAUCAUAUUUGUAUUAUUAUUGGCCCACCAGUAUGAGGUCUGCAGACUUCCUCCAGUAUAAUAAUGUAAACUUUAGCACCAUUAUUAAAAAUGUCCUUAAUAAACCACAAAAAUCUGAGAAAUUAAAGAGUAAGAAAGAUUUGAUAAAUCGUCAAGAAUGUGGGGGGAAAAAAAAAUUUUGGUGUUUUAUUUCAUGUUUUCAGUUUUGCAUUUCAAGGUUACAAGCCAAACAUGAUUGGAUUUUUUAUUUCAUGCUUUGAUUUUGUUCAACUCAGUAUUUUAACUUGUGUCACUUUCAUACUUCCGAUUCCAGUUUUAAAUUUUAAGUCAUAUUUUAACUUUUUAUACCAGAUUUCAAUGUUCUCCUCAUGUAUUUGCUCUUUAAAAGCAUUACUUUUCUAUUUUUAAAAUCAUGCUCUGAUCUUUUGAACUAUUAAAUAAAAAUAGAAUAAAAAGUUGAAAGUAAAAUAAUUUUUUCUAUCUCAGAUUGCCUUUAAACUUAUCUUUUUUUUUUUUUAUCUUUUUUGAAUUUCCAAAUGAUUUAUAAUCAUUGCUGUUUUUGUUUUGCAUAUUUUUUUAAAAGGAGGUUGAUAGUUUUGGUGAAAUGUUGACCCUGUUUGGCCCUCAGGUUCGACCUCAAUCCAGAUUAUGGCCCUUGCUGUGGUUGAAUUUGACAUCCCUGCUCUAGAAUUAAUAGGAUGUAAGCAUAUUUAUAGGCUCUCACUAGGGGGCAGUGUUGCACCAGCUUUGCCUGUGUGACUUCAAAGCUGUUGAUACUUUCACUGUUGGGGCUUCACUCCCCAAAAAAGUCUCGUUCCUCUUUGUUGAACAGCUAUUCAUCAAAAACAUCAGUAUGUCCACUACGGUUAGGCGCACUGUCCCACACUCACUUGCACACAGGCUAUAUAUAUAUGAUAAACUCACUCUCAUAACUCUCUGUCGUGCUCAACACCAAAACUAUGCCCCCUUUUCUCCACAAGUUUGAAAAUAAAUCAAAUCCAGUCUGUGUUGCUAAUGAGCUGUGAAAAGAACCUAUUACACAAUUUGAAGAUAAGCUUCCUGAACACUCAAAGCAAGACUGACGGAAAACAAUGGAGCACCAGCGCGCGAUGACUGAUGUAAUGAUGUGCAAAUCUUUUCACAUUACAUUGUACAUCAACAACUCAGCGACAGAGUCAGUGAUUCAUACAUGAUGCUAUGCCUGAAUGCGUCCUCUGGGAACAUCUCCGAGGUCUGUUUCUGUUUCACAGCUCUGUGUUGAGCGUUGUUGGAGGGGCUGAAAGUAUGUCAGAUGGAUUCCCACCCGAACCAUCUCUUUGAUGUUCUGGAUCUUGACUUUUUCCUUUUUUUUUCAGGUUUUGCCAUACUGGGGGAAUCCGCAUGAUCGCAAAGUGAUCAGGAAGUUUUGGAGCCAGGUAAGAUACAGAUGCUAGACAAGGAUAGAGAGUCGUGGCAAUGGCUGUGACAUUCCUAACCUCGUCUUUUUUGUCCGUGCUAAAACAGAAAACCCUCUACACACAAAACGCACCUUUCCACGUGGUGAUCACGAGCUACCAGCUGGUCGUUCAGGAUGUCAAGUACUUUCAGAGGGUCAAGUGGCAGUACAUGGUCCUGGACGAGGCUCAGGCGUUGAAGAGCAGUAGCAGGUAAAACAUUAACGUCCCUGUUGCGCAAUCAGAUAGUGGACUCAAACAUGUUCGCCACACACUGUAUGUAAAUAUUGUCUGUGCCCACUCACUAUGGUGGAGUCUUCAAACACAAUUUUUAAACUUUGCAUCACUCACGGUUUAAUUUUCAUGACCCAGAUUUUGCCUCUUUAGUCUUGCAACGUCUUCCUUCCUUGGCUCGACUUCAAAAAUAUAAUGAUAUAUAACAAACAAAAGAGUGAGGUCCAAGUUUCUGCAGGAACAUUUCUCUUGUGCACACAGUUGCACAACCCAGUUAGCUCUCUUUUAACAUUCAGCAUUGCAAAAGACAGAAUUAAGCUGUCAUGUCAACAAAAAAUGCCCAAAAGAAACAUUGAGUUUCUUGCACAAAUAACCACAUAGUUCAGAGUUUCAUUAGACACAUUCCAAAAGCUACAAAAUUGGACACUAAUUGUUUAUAAAAAGUUCAAGCUAUGACUAAAAAAAGCACUGGUAUUGAAUUCAUCUCUAUAUUCAUAUUCUGUGUCAAGUAAAAUGUAGUAUUAGUUUAUGCUGGACCGGAUCUUAGAGUGGGAAAUCAAUAAUCAGGUUCUGCUUAGUGCUGACACUCCUUUCACCAGCAAUAAUCUGAUAGAAAACACAAGAAACUCAUGUCCCUUUGCAGAUUCAUUAGACAUGCGCCCUACGAGUAACUAAUUUACAGCGAAACCAAGACUUUCCAAACCAGGGGAACAGGCGUUUCUUUCUUUGAAAGACAUAACCAAUUAGGCCUGGGCAAUUUGGCAAAAAAAAUGAUCACAGUAUAUUUUUUCAUAUUGUUCAAUCUCGAUUAUUAUCACAAAUUUUUUUUUAAACUGCCAGUUUUAAAGCAUCUGUACUAAAAACUAAAGAAACUAGAGAUUAGUUCAACAUUUUAUUAACAUAGGAAGUAAAUAACAAAGCGAAUUGAAUAAGAUAAACUUGGAAAAAUAUUGAAACCAUUUUUACUCAACAGUACAACAAAUGUAGAUAAAUAUUUAUUACUACAGCUUAUUAUACAGCUUCUGCUUGAUGUCACUUUGGAGAUACCAGAACCACCGCAAUACAACCGACAUUGAACAAUAACAAUUUCUCAACAAUAACAUCUUCGGAGGAUGACUCAAAGUCAUGGCUGACAUCUACUUUGCUGUCCUCAUGUUCGGCCAUUCUGUUUCCUUCUCCUGUUUACUUCUCCGUCGACUUACAGAAGUGAGCGGGAAAAGCUUGACUCUGAUUGGCUGUUGUCACGCACAUUUCCGCUAUAUAUGAUCGAGUAAAUAUGCUUACAGCUGAUCACCGUGAUUGAACUGAAAUUUAUCACGAUCAUACAAUCGCCCAGUCCUAUAACCAACCCAGAAAUAAUGUUUGUUACCCAAACUUACCUAAAGGGUUGAAUUUUGUUUUGCUUAUGAUCACUUCACAAGUUGGUAAAUGGGCUGCAAACCAUGCAGUCCACAGAAAAACAACCCUGAGUUUCCAACCUCUCUGCAUCAUUCUUGUUCUCUACACCAGAAACACAGAGAGGCUGGACAUCACGCUCAGAGGCAUAUAUCUUCUGGAAAUAACUCUUGGGUUAUGAGAUUAAGAUCCAAACAAUUUCACAGUCUGUCUUGAGUAGCAGUUUGGUACCGCUGCUGUAACUGCAUGUCUGUGUUUUUAGUGUCCGGUGGAAAAUCCUGCUGCAGUUCCAGUGUCGAAACAGACUACUGCUCACUGGGACGCCAAUCCAGAACACCAUGGCUGAGGUGAGCGACGUGUGCAUGUUUGCAUUCGUGUGCGUAUUUACAUGCGAAUAGUUGGUGACCGUGUGUUGUUGCCGUCCCUCAGCUGUGGGCCCUGCUGCACUUCAUCAUGCCCACGCUGUUUGAUUCCCAUGAAGAGUUUAACGAGUGGUUCUCCAAGGACAUCGAGAGCCACGCCGAAAACAAGUCUGCCAUCGACGAGAGUGAGUUCAACCCUCUUAGAUGCUUGUUCAGGCAGUAACACAGAAUAUUUGUAUAGAUUAUUUGUGCGGAAAUUCUACCUUUUUCGUGCCAGCAUUGAAAUUUUAUCGCUGCUUUCUGAUGCGUGUAAUGCGCUCUGUAGCAUAAUAAUCGUUUGAUGUUUGUGUUUCAGACCAGCUCUCCAGAUUGCACAUGAUCCUGAAACCUUUCAUGCUGCGCAGAAUAAAGAAGGAUGUGGAAAAUGAGCUGUCAGACAAGGUAAGGGAGUCAAAUUUCUUCCCCGUGUUUGCUGAUUUAGGCUUGUCUUCCUGCGCUGUGCAUUUAAUCGCUCUGAAAAUCUGAACUGAAGCGGUAUGAAUCCUCGCCUUCAUGGGAAAAAACGGCCUUUGCAGUGUUGAGUUUCUGGUUAAUAAUUGCACAAAGUUGCAAAAUCUCUCCGGUGAAGUUUGUUUAACAAUAAAAGGGACUCUCUUUUUGUCCGCUACCAUGCAGCCCUUAUGCUUCUCUCUCCUGUUAAAACCUGCACCCUUCCUCUGCUCGCUCGCCCUGCACACCUCAUUAACACAGAGAGCGUUGUAAUAAGCUCGUGAGUGAUGCUUGUGCUGGCAGAUCCUCUUGACAGAUGCUGGACCCGGUGGUCUCUCGCUGUCGCACAUUCUCACUCGCACACUGUGGGAGCCUCCACGCAGGGAGACAGAGUUCACGGCUCCCACACAUCUGUCUUCUUCAACCCCCCCUUACACCCACACACUGCCCUGCCAACCCACUUCCUCUCCUCCUCCUCCUCCUCCUCCUCCUCCUCUGCUCGUGUUGGUUUCUCUUGUUUUGUCUGCACACUGAAGCCAACAGUAACCAGGGGAGUUCACCGGCGGUUUGGUUCUUGUGGUUCGUUGUUUUCAUCAGGCAACAAGAGAGAGGAAAACAAAGAUUAAGAUAUGCGUUUGCAGAAUAUGGGUCAUAAAUUCUGCACUCAUGAUUUUAUUUUCUGUUGAGUCCAUGUGAAAACUCUUUGGUUUUAUUUGCUGGAGGUACAACACGCCAGUAAUGCUGAAUCAUCUGUCUUUACUGUCACCUCAUUUAUUAUGACUGCAGCCAAGUGUAACUCUGUGAACUACGCUUCGUCACUAACUGGGUCCAACUUUCUUUUUCAAAAAUUCUCUUUCCUUGUUCACACACGCUCUUCUUUAAAACUGUGCCAGGUGUUAUAUCCUGAUGGUAGAGCAGUAACCCAUUACCUGGAUUUACAGCUCCCAUUGUUGGUGUUUGGCUCAACAAUUCAACCGUUUCACUCGCAUUUGCGACUAAAAAUACAUGUGUGCGAAUUGUAAAAUGUAUUUAGGGGCACAUGAUGUUUUUUUAUGUAAAUAGCGUUUUGAAGUUAGAAGUUAGGUUGGAUAUUCGAAGGACAUUCACUGCGGAUCUACCACUGUCUUCUCACUCUCCAUAACCAGAAAUAGCAACAGCAGUGCGGUUAAAUCUACUUGGCAUCAAUGCGGGUGUUGAAAAAGGGACCAUCAAUAAAUGACUUUGUUUGAUGUUCUCAAAAAAGGCUGUUUUCCUUCAAUAGCUUCCAUGUCAUGUGACCAAACAACCCAAAAUUGAUUUGAAAUAAUAGUACUACAGUCGGACAAUAAGACACACAUGAUUUGAUCUAUUUUCAUUGUGUCCCUAAAGUUCUUUGUGUGCUCCUUACUUUUUCAACUUUAGAGUUCAUGUGCUCCCUGUGAAAAAAGUUAGUGUUUUUGUAGGGCUGCUCGGUCAUGUCAAAAAUCAUAAUCAGGAUUAUUUUGAUUUAUACCGACACCAUAUUUAUUUAGGACGAUGACUCAAGAUAUGGCAGCAGCAUCUGCUUUUGUGCAACCACACUUUAAAUUGAUCUAUAAACCAACAUUUUAACAAUAACAGAAGCAAAUGUAUUCUAGUGUUUGUGAAAUUUCAGCAGGGGCAUAGCCAGGCUAUGCUGACCGGGGAGGCUCAAGAGUUAUGUAUGCUCACACAUGAAGGAAUAACAUUUAUUCACCCUUCCUGUCCAAUCAAAUCUCCUCUAACUACUAACAUUUAGGUACGAUACGAUACAAUACAGUACGAUAUAAUGCGAUACAAUAUGAUACGAUACAGUACGAUACGAUAUGAUACAAUAUGAUGCAAUACAAUACGAUAUUAUACGAUACAAUACGAUACGAUACAAUACAAUAUGAUAUAAUACGAUACAAUAUUAUACGAUACGAUACAAUACAAUACGAUAUAAUACGAUACAAUAUUAUACGAUACAAUACGAUACGAUACAAUACAAUACGAUAUAAUACGAUACAAUAUUAUACGAUACAAUACGAUACGAUACAAUACAAUACGAUAUAAUACAAUACAAUACGAUACGAUACAAUACAAUACGAUAUUAUACGAUACAAUACGAUACGAUACAAUACAAUACGAUAUAAUACGAUACAAUAUGAUACGAUACGAUACAAUACAAUACGAUACAAUGCGAAACAAUAUGAUAUGAUACAGUACAAUAUGAUAAAAUACGAUACGAUACAAUAAGAUAUAAUAAAAUACAGUACGAUUCGAUAUGAUAUGAUACAAUACGACACGAUACAAUACAAUAUGAUACGAUACGAUAUAAUACAAUAUGAUACGAUACAAUACGAUACAAUACAAUACGAUACAAUACAAUACAAUAUGACAUGAUGCAAUACAGGUAUCCUGAACUUUUUAAAAUCCAGAAUGACAAAAACAUAAUUCGGCUUUCAUAAACUGUUAUUUAUUGUGUCCUGAAUGCGACCUCGUUAAGACUUUUUCCUCUUCCCCCCUCAGAUCGAAAUCCUGACCUACUGCCAGCUGACGUCCCGGCAGAGGUUGCUGUACCAAGCCCUGAGGAACAAGAUCUCCAUCGAGGAUCUGCUUCAGUCCUCCAUGGGCACGGCUCAGCAGGCCCACAGCACCACCUCCUCCCUCAUGAACCUGGUCAUGCAGUUCAGGAAGGUACACAAAGUCAGACGCAGCUCUCAGGAUGAUUAAUGACAGUUAUUUCUGUUAAUGAUUUGAGGCUCAUUGUAAGGAUCAUAUUUUCAAAACUCUGAAUAUUUCCUCUUUUCGGGGGUUUUCAAGGGAAUUUUAAUAACAGAACAACACUUGACUGGUGGGAGUUAGAGUCGGGAUCUCAAAUCAAUCAAUCCAACAAUGAAUUGGCAGACUUACAGGAAGCAUAAGUGGUGUUUUUUUUCUUUUUCCUCCUCUUUCUGAACACACUGUCUGUGUUAUGUUUUUGUGUGUAGGUGUGUAACCACCCCGACUUGUUCGAGCGCCAGGAAACUCGCUCUCCUUUCCACAUGCACCUCAAACCCUACAUCAUGUCGAAGUUCCUCUACCGACAUGGUCUCAUCCAUGCGCACAACCAGGCCAAAACCAAGUGAGCCUUUCCACACUCCAGACGCACCGUACCUGAAAUCCAAUGAAAACAACUCUCUCAAAAUCUUUACUGUAAUUGUUCUGAACCGGGUUAGGAUUACAUUUGAGAUCACUCUGUAAAACACUGCUAGAUUAGCUCUGGUGGAUAUUUGCUGAUUUUGGAGCUACGCUGAGCGAUUAUAUCAAUUAUAGCAGUUAGCGGCAAAAAUGCGGGUCUGACUAGCGUCGGACGAAAAUCCCAGAUUCUUCCUCAUCUUUCAAAGUCAGUCAUGUAUCCCUGUCGGUCUCUGCCUCCUCCUCAGGUUACUUCAAGUGCUGUUGUCUCCCUUCUCUCCAAAUCACAUCCAGCAGUCUCUUUUUCACAGAAAAGGUGAGAACGUACAAAGAUUUAACAGACAAGGAGUGACAUACAACCCUGUAUUUAAUCCUGCUUUGACUUAUAUUUUUUCCCUUCAGGUGAUGACAAAGGAAGCUGCUUCUCCUUCCUGCGCUUCAUCGACGUGUCACCAGCUGAGAUGAACCAUCUCAUGGUUCAAGGCACUUUAGCAAGGUUGGACUGAAAGUUUUUGGAUCUGUUAUUUUCAGCUAAAUCAGAUAAACGAGUAGGAUAGAAAGUAAAUCAAGGACACUGAGGCAGAAAGUCCAGAUGUCCAAAUGUUUCUCUGCCAGAUACCAAAUGCGCAUUAGCUUUGGAGGUGCUAUUCUGUUGACAACUUUGCACUUGGAAAGUCUGAUCACUUUCGGUAACUUUUUACAGCAGUAGGGAAUUAUUUUACUAAAAAACUAAUACUGUAAUUUUAUCCCUCCUCUCCUGCCUCUUCCUUCUUUUUCUCGCACAGAUGGUUAGCCCUUUUUCUCUCCCUCAAAGCUGCGUAUCGGCUCCACUAUCAACGCCUUUUCAGCCUCCAAGAGGAGGAUCAGGAGCAAAACAGAGACCCGGAGAGGGACGGGGGAAGGUCACAGCCCAGGAAUAAGAAGUGUCUGUCUCGCAGGGACCUGAUUCUGUGGCCAAAUAGACCCACCAGUUACCCAAACACGCACACAAGCUCAGUCCUGCAGGUGAGAAACACAGAAAACAAUCACAAAAACACAGUGGGUAGAAAUCAACAUAUUCAGAUUCUUUGGAAUGACAUCUGCGACAGACCCCCAAUCAUAAGCCAUGAUGCUGAAAAUUUCCCCUGAGCAUCAGUCUCUGCCCCGCGUUUCCUCUCCCUCUUUUGGGAUCCAUGUUGGAACCCAAUCCUGCUGAAGGCCAAGGACCCUCUAAUACUGUACCCUCAGCCCUCUGUGUGUCUGCUGCGUCGCAAAAGCACUUAAAAUUUUAUUGCACUCGCUCUAAUAUGCCACAAUUUUUAAUCAUUUGAAGUCAGUCCUCUGGAGCAGGGAGUCCUGUUUAUGCAAAUUCAUAAUAUGAAACUUUUUUUUUACCCCACUCUCCCCUAUAUCCCCUAAAUAUUUAUGACAUCUUGAAUCAGAAUCAGCUCUGAUUGCGUUUGGAGAAUCUGAGUCUGGUUUGCACCUCUCUCAAGGCAAAUAAGAAAGAGUGAUGUAGUGAGGAGUGCAAAAAAAUGAUCAAACAAAUAAAACACAGGAGGUAGGUGGUUUGAAAACACUGUCUAUUCAGAUAUAAGUGCUGUGUUUAUUAUACGUACCUGUGCAUAGGCUCUAGUUUGAAGCAGCCUCUUUGUGAACAGGGAGCAUCUAAACACUAGGAACAAAAUAAUGACUGCACAAUGGGUUACUGCACAUGAAUCAGGACACGGUGUGAUAUGAAACCAGUUUGGCCGUGUGCUGUUCUUUCAGCACCUCAUCCGCUAAGGUGCCUCAGAGGAAACAUUGUUUUGAGAACAAUGACAGAGGGGGACACUGCAAGAUCUGCACAGAUGUUGUUCCUUUGCUAACGCAGGACAAAUAUGGCACACUUCAGUUAUUUUUAGGUGCAUUCAUAUGUUUUUUAUAUGUCUUUGAUUUUAAAGACAUGAAGGUGAACAGAUUUCUGCGUUUAUUUUGCAUCAUUUGGUGAGAUUGAGGUUUAUUGUUUGUUGGAGAGAGUUCGUGUUCUCAGUAUGGGAGGAGCUACAGCCUGCAGAUACACAGUGAGGUCACAGGAGGGUUUGAGUCAUUCUGCAGAGGUAAAAAAAACAAAUACAAAUAAAAGUCUUCAAAACCAUUUCCUCAGCAAACAGCUACCAACUCGCAGAUAAGUAUCAAAUCACCACCGUCUCCCAAAUUCAACUCGUCUGGUAGAAAAAUCCUCCAGAGAAAAACGCUCUCAGGGUAAUUCCAUCCUCCUCUUCCUCUCCUGGCCUCACCGCUGAGUCAGGCAGCUGCCGCGCGUCUUAGGUUCCCCCCUGGAGCGGCUUCAGGAACGAAAGAGGCGAAAAAUCCAAGAAGGGAGUUCAAAUACGAGAAACUUUCAGACACCCAGGGAUCUAAUACGGCAUGUAUAUACUGUACCGCCGCGCUGACCCCGGACUCCCACUGCAGCUUCUCGAAAUCGCUCACCCCCACAGUUUAGGGCAACUUCUUUCAACCGCUCGUUUUUUUUUCUUUUGAAGCUGUGUGAAGCUGGCAAACAGCGCCGCUUCUCUCUGCUUGGCUCAUCUCUCUCUCUCUCUCUUUCUCGCUCUCUCUCGCUCUCUGGCUGUGUACUUAACAGUAUGCUCAGAGCCGCUUUCAGCUAUCCUGCUGCUCCUGUUGAGAAAUGGAGAGAAUAAGGCAACUCUGAAGAUCUGUGUGUGCUUUUUUUUUUUUUACUCUUAUAGCUUUAGGGUACGAUUUCAAAAGGGCCGUCUGUCCCUCUGCAUCCUCCUCUUCAUCUGUCCAUCCCUACAUGAGACAACCUUUCCAUGGUUCUUUAUAUUAUACCGUUCCUGUUGUGAACCGCUUAUUAUUCAGAGCAUAAUGAGAGUUACUUCUGUUUUAGAAAACAAUUUUUUAUACCUGUUUUUUUUUAAAAAAAGGACUGAUCCUGGUUAGAAAGGAUGCCACCUUUUAUAAAAUCUACCAUUAGAUGGCACUGUGUAUCUGUCAUACUGAGCUGUCACACACCAUAUAUACAUUACAUAUCCCUACAAUUUUAAAGACAUAACUUUAAACAUUUCCUCCUCUAUUAUACUUAAAUAAGUUAUUAUUUACUCUCCAGGAUUAGCCUUUGUACAUUAAAUGUAUAUAUGUCCAAAAAAGGGAAGGUUCCCUGACCAGAUGGUAUGCAAAGUAUGCGCUGAAAAUCGUACAUUUUACGUACGAUUUAAGCAUUUGGGUGGAAUUUUAUGUAACAUGUCGGGAAUGUGGCCGGUGAGACUUAAAUACACUGUCAGAGCAGAUUAUAAAAAACAUGAGCCAUGCACUCGGUCACCUCCGCAGGCUUCGCUGUGAACGCUGUUGCGCCGCAUCUAUUACAUUCGCUGCUUUUAUUUUUCAUAUUAAUAACUAUAAUUUUCACUUUGUCACUUUCAAAGCGGCGUUCACAGUCGCUUCAGGAGGAGGAGGAGGACAGACGGCAAUAGGAUGCCUUUGGAAUAACUAGCAAUUUCGCUGGUUUCACCACUCAGAUAUAAUCGUACUGUUGGGGAAGUUUGGCGCUAAUGACACAGGACAGUAAUGUUGGUGUGUGUGUCUUUGUGCGUGUCUGUGUGUUUGUUUCAGGAGCUGAUAUUCACAGCCUUCAGGCCCGGCAUCAUCAGACUCACAGACAUGACCAUCCACAGCCGAGGCUCUUCCGCCUCCACGCUGCGGCCCUGUCAGCCCACACUGCCACCCAAGUUCCUGCUGACUGCCACACCCAGGGUAUGUGUGUCUGUCUGUCUCUGUAGUGUGUGUGUAUGUGUGUGCAAGGGGACUCUUUUGUGUGUUUGUGUGCAAGAUAUCUAAGCAUUUGGGUGGUCGUGGAAAAGGAAGAGGCAACCACUGUGCACAUUGCCUUUAUGGGCCUUCAACAGUGAGAAACUCCUAUCUGCAAAGUGUGUGUAUUUGUGUGUGUGUGUGUGUGAGGUUGUGUGUGGUUGGGGUGUGGGGUGACCGCUGUGGUUUCCAGCUGCAUUUAAAACAAACAGAAGCUCUAAAAAAAGGGUUUCUUACUCAGGGCCACCAGUUCUUAAGCUUCCUCUUGCCCUCCUAUACAAACACACACACAGACACACACAUAUAUAGAACCUGCUGAUUCAGGGAAACAGCCUGUGCAGUAUCUAUUAUACAGAUGUCUAUAGAGUGUAUUUUUCAAGCUCUGUCCUGAAUUUAAAACCGGCGAUAAGCCACGAUAGCUGACCAGAAAGUCGAAAACAAACGUGUCAAAGUGAGACCUCACUUCCCUCUGCGGCACAAUAUUAUCUUUUAUUUCCAAUUUAGAAACCCUUCUCUCCCUCUUUUUUUGGUUUCCUAGGUGACAGCAGUUCCCAUGGAGCGUUAUUGUGACGACCGCAGCGCCGAGUACGAGUGGCGGGUGACGCGCGCGGGAGGGGGCACCAUCUUCAAACAGUGUUUCCUUUACGGCACCCCCGAGCUCGCCUCAGACUGGCAGAGCAGGGCCAACUCAUUUCACCCACAAUGCCCUGGGGGGGUGAUGGCCAUCAACCCACGGCACGGAUGGUCCUACAUUCGGAUACCAGGUAGGAAUUUAACGUCUAAUCUAAUCUCGUUUUGAGAGCUCAUGAAACACAGAUAAUUCCCCCCUUGUGUUUCAAAAGCUCAAAUCAGUUUGCAUUGGAAAAGAAUGAACAGCCCUGCGAGUAUAACACACUGCAGGGCUGGAAAAUUCAGUAUUUUCAGCUGACAGUUUUAUCAAACAGUAGAUAUCCACUUUUUUGACAGAAGCGUGAUACACGGCCUCGUGGGAGAAUCCACAAAGGUCAGCAGGGCAGAUCUGGGCACAUCACCCUCCUCUGUCACUGCCUGUCCGUCUGCCAAGCAGCCGAUCCGUCACAAUCCGACGCUGUGAUAAAAUGCUCUUGCAAAAAUCCCCCCCCCACUACACACACACACAUAAACACACUCGAGUGUUUUCCACUGAGGUGUGAAUUCAGGGUUGUGGGCGUACGUGUGCGCUUUAUCCGUUUAAGGUGAGGGUCAGCUGGAGCGGAGUGGGAGCUGAUUCGCUGCCAGGGGUUCGAUGGCUGAUGGAUGUCCAGGGUGAGGGAGGCCAUACAGACAACACUUCCCUUCAUACUGACCCGCACAGACCCUCCACUUCUGAUAAAUACUCCGCUGCGGAUAAUGAUGACGGCUCAGUUUUUUUGUUUUUGUGUUAUAACCCAGAAAAACUGUCGCGUUUGUUCUUCUCUGCUUGUUUUUGCAGUUACCUGAAAUCUCGAUGCGUGUAUUCUCACCUCUUAAAUCUCUACACUCUCUCACAUUUUGCACCAUCCAAAAUGUUUGAUUUCUCUCGUCAGCGUAUACAAGCGCUUGUGAGAGAGUGUUUGUGUGUAAAAAGUGAGAACCAAACAAGUAUUUGUGUGUCAGUGUGAGAACAGUCUGAAAGCUCUUGUGAAGUUAUACGGAGGCAGACAAAGCGAGGAAGUUUAGCUGCUGGUCAUUGUUCAAGUGCUCAGUUAGGUAACACUAAUAGAUGGUCCGUCUGUGUGGGUGUGUGUGUGUGUGUGUGAGUAGGAGUGUGUGAGAAUAUACCAUCGGGUCCAUUCAGCGCUCACACGGGGGGCCUGAGGUGUCUCUCACCUCUGCACACGCACUCUCCCACGCUCGCCGGCGUUGCUCUUUUCUUCACAAACACAACCCCGAGGAGAGGCUUUACCUCCUGCGAGCAGAUAGGGGGGGGUCGCGCGCUGAUCUGGAAUCAGCAUCCAGGCCGUGGCCUCUCAGUCCUGGUCUGGUCUCCCACCUCUUUCUCAGCCUCGGUAGGAAGGAAGUGACCCAACAGUCCGGCACCCGUUCCUCCGCUGAACACAUUGUUGCCACAUCAAGGCCCAGAUAUGUACAGUAGCCCGGCUGAAGUUUCCCAGCCUCCCUCUCCUCCGCGCUCCCAGCCCCACACCUCCCAGAACAAAUGGCACAGCUGAAUAACUGUUUGUUUUGAGCGCCAUGGCGUGAGUACGGCUGCCCGCUGAUAUCGACAGAGGAAUCUAAUCAGAGGACUUAUUAAGAAUCAGGCCACAGAGGAGGAAAAAACAAUCGAGGCUGGAAUGUCUUGGGCUUUUGCUUGUUUUGUUUGUUAGUUUUUUGAUAUUGUUGCUGACAGCAGGAUUAAAAAAGGAAAGAUGUUUUUCAUUCAAAAAAGAUCAAAUGAUUUCCUCUUUGUUGAUAUCUGUUUAUGAUUUGAACAGUCCUUGGCAACACGAGGAGAAAGAUGGCUGCUGAGUAAUCCCGCCUGUGAUUGCACCUGCAUGCUCAUCUUCUGUUCAACUCAUACAUGACAGUGAAAAAGGUUUUUCAUAGGGCCUCAAGAUUAAACUUUCACCAUAAUCACAAUCAUCCUGGUCAAAAAAUUCAAAAUUAUGAUAUAGAACAAUCAGCCAAAUGUCGAAAAAAAAAAAGCAAAUCCAGGACAAAGUAUCGUGUUACUUCACAAACUUUGCUAAUAAACACAACUGACUCACUAACAUGUCAACAUCAAUUUCUAACGAGUAGCCAGCCCUGUGGUAGAGACCUUUCAAAAACAGAGAUUACCACAGAAAACAUUUUUUUUUAAUGCUUUUAUUUUGACAUUUUUUACUGCUUUGUGUCAGUCCAAUUCAAUCUGCUUUAUUUAUACAGCACAUUUAAAAAAACAUUCAAGUUUACCAAAGCGCUGCACAGUAAAAUCAAAAAAACAAACACUGCAGAAAACAUCAAGAGGAAAUAAAAAAAAGCAGGUAAAAAAAACAUUUAAAAUGAAAUAAAAUAAAUGAAAUAAAAAUACAAAAGCAUGAAAGAAAUAAAAGUUUUAUUUAAGGGACUUUAUUGCCUGUAUUGGCUUGAAAAGCUUUUAUUUUGAAAAGGAAACAUACACAACUUCCAAUUGAUCGUAAGCAUAGACUGUAUAAAGACUGGACAGCGUCUGCCUCCUUGCUGGGUGAAGCCACUCCGAGAACAGCACCCUCUGGUGGCAGGCUGUAGUAUAGGUCAUAAAUCCCGCCUCCUCCAGCAAUCCCUAUGGAGCUGUGGACAAACUUUAGAAAUUAAUUACACAGAAUAUACAUUCUUCUCCCCCCUGGUUGUGAUGUUGACAUGUAGUUACAGUAAGACUGGUUUGUGCUUAAGUCCUCUUUUUUCCGUGGAGCUCUGUUUUUAAAAGUUAUUAGGGGGUUCAUGUUUUCUAUGAUUGACACCUGAUACAGCCUAUGGGCGUUCAGGGAUUGCGUAGCUCUCCCGGGGGAUACGCUGUUUGAGCCGAGCGUCAUCAUAGCGUCUCUCUGCGACUGCGUGGCUGACUGCGUGGCCGAAUGUGCACUGCAUCGCUACUGCGCAGCGCUGGUUUCAGGAAAUGAAGAAAAAUCCCGGAAAUACCGAGAGCUAUUUGGCUUCAAAUCCGUGUACAGACGGAAGGUGGAACCAAGUUGUCCAUAGUAUAUACAGUCUAUGAUCGUAAGCUAUGAAACAGAAUGAAAACAGCUUUCAAAAGUGGUGAAGAAGUGUGAAUAUUUAUUUAAUUUGCACUCCUAAAGAGGCGUAAGCUCUUACAGUAGUUUUGGAUUCAUAAUAAGUCUUUGAACAUCACUUUUUUAAACUGUCUGACCAUCUUGCGGCUGCCUUACCUCUGUGUUAUGGCUGGUUACCACCACAGUAAAGAACCCCAAACUCUGAGCCAAUUACCUCAACGGUAUUUCCUGUUGCUUCUUUUAAGCACAAUAUCAAUAUUUCAUUUUCAAAAUAAAAGCUUCCCUGCAGAUUUUGUUCCCUAAACUGCUCUGGGGUCGCCACUCUGUCAUUUAAAAGAAACUGCACUCAGACCGACAAUCGGUCACUUUAUAAUCAAACAGAGGCGCAUUUCAUGGUGAGAGAAGUAAAUAGUUUUGCGUGCUGUCGGAGUAUUUGCAGAACAUUCCUGUGUGACACAGAAAUAAGCUUCACUGUUUGUGUGGCCCCCGCGUCGCUUUCUCUAAUUAGAAGGAGCGGCUCCGCAAAAUGACGGCCUUCUCACUAUAGCCCCAACUCCGGGGCGCUUUUUCCGGCAUGGUCGUGCCCUGGGAAUCGACUGUCACUGCUGUGUCUGUGUGAAGGAGACAGAAAAAAAGGGGCUUGUGCGUUUGUGUGUUUCUCGGCUGGGCCAGACCAGUCAGGUUUGGCCCAGCAGCCCGCACCAGUCUGUGGGAAAUGCAGUCCUGCCUUCCUGUUCCUUCAAAGAAAACUCUGCUCUCCAGCAAAAUGGCAGGAAGCUUCCCUCGGCUCACUGAUAGACAGGCACGAAACAAGCCCAGCCUCACCGCACCACCGUCUGCCCCCUCGUAGUCUGCAUUAAGGCUGGCACCGGUACCCGUCUGCAGGAAUUUGGCUCAAUGCAAGCAGCAGAAAAACUCCUGAAUAAAAGAUCCAGUCAAGCAUGUAGGGGAUGUUUUGAUUUCCUCCUCUAAUUUACUGCUACUAAUCUGCCGUUUUGCUGCUCAGUGAUACUUGAGAGGGCUUGAAGCGAACUGAAGGGGGAGACAUUAGCCACAUUUCACCUCUUAGGAUGAGAUCUUUGAACAAGGAAGCCAACUAAUAUGUAGCUGAGGCCGUCCCUUAGCCAGUUAGCUUUCAUCUGUGGUGUGUGUCGAGUCAGUGCCGGCCAAGGGUAACUAGCAGUAAUCUAUCUUAAUGACAGAGUUCACCCUGGGCUGCUGUCCUGUGGUGUGGUGAGAUUCCCCCCUCCUUGAAACUCCGGGUCCUCAUCAGACUGUCUGUCUCUUCCUCUUCUUAACCACUCCCGGUGAAAAGCGAGAGAAACGCUCUCCUCCUCGCAUGUUUCGGGGAGGGGAGAAGGAGUUCAUGCAUUUGCAAACAUGUUCUGUAUAUACACACAUAAUCACAGCCCAUCACUCUUUUUCUGUCACAAGAAGUCACGCAGACACAUUUCUGGGCCUUUACGGAAUGCGUGUUUGUUCUUUGGCUCUCUUUCCUGAGCUCCACAGAGUUCAACGUGCAGACCUGAGCAUCUGUGAAACGGCACGCAACCCCAAGAAGAAGAUGCAACCCCUUUUUUUCCCCCCCCGAUCUUCCUGCUGGCAUCUGGCUCUUAGCCGCGCUGAUGCUGCGUCUGCGAGAAAAUUAAGUUUAAGUCUGACUUUCGUCGAUACGUGCAGCAGCAGCAAAGUAGUGUCAGGGUAAUAUUUCCAUCACGAGCGCUGCUGAACAAGUGUUGCCCAUUGACUUAUUGAUUGCGCAGUGUAAUGUAUCAUUAUACAGUGAGGGGCUGACGCUCGCUUCGAUCCCCCCAUCUGUCUCUCUAUCUCACAUAACCAUCCAUCCGUCUUCUUUUAUCAGACCCAGACUUUUUUUUUUUGAGAUCUCGCUGCAGUUCAUCUCCUCCUCUUCCAUCCCAAUCUGGCUCGCUUCCCGUCCUGGUUAAGGGCAGCUCUGCUCUCGGCUUUGGCAGCGGCAGUAGCAGAGGGGAAGGGGCGGGGGGGGGACAGUACAGGACAGAAGAUUGUAGCGGCGUAUUAAUGAAAUUAGCGCCGUAGUUGGUUUGGGAGUAUCAGGCGCCAGGCACCAGGGCUGGGCCGGGGUUAAUUAGCUGGCAGCAGGCCUCUAAUUGGGUCAGGACCGUGUCAGGCCCCUGGCUCUGGCCCUACAGGGAUUGGAUUACACCGUCAGGGGACAGACAGUAAGGGGGGUGGUGGUGGUGGUGGUGGAGAGGAGGGACAGGGGAGUGUAGUCUAAUCUGCCAGCAGGAGGUACAGAGAGGAGGAGGAGGAGGAGGAGGAGGAGGGCUUGCUGGCUGAAUACCGCUGUUAGACUGGAUUGGAUUUAGGUGGGUGGGGGGCUGCGAUGAAAAGGGGGGUAGGGCAGGUGGCGAAGCUUGAUAUGUGUAUCCAUGGCAACGGUAGAGUGGUGUGACACCAAGUGGGAUUUGCUCGUGUUUUGGGGUGUGGUCUCACGCAGUCUUGUCCCUCUCUCUCUCUCUCCAGAAUCAGAAAGUUGUUGUCGUGCUUCCCAUCGAUUUUUUCAUCCUCACAUGAAAUCUCUCCUCCUCCUUCUGCUUCUGUUUCUCAUUUCCUUUUGUCACUUUCCACCCGUCCGUCAGCGACACACGAUAUACGAAGUGCCGUUGCAAUGUAAACAAACCCUAAAGGCCAAUUUAUUUCCAGCACCACAUGCGUUAAAUGCAUAGACAAAUCCUUUUAAACCCCUCUAAGCCCUCCAUAUUUCAUGUUACUACUCCACUUUGCUCACAUUUACGACCCAGGGUCCGGCGUUUCACUGCAGCCACACUUUUAGCUUAUAAUAUAAGCCUCGAGUGUAAUGCUGGAAUGACACAGACCACCAAAGCCGUCCCAAAUCGUAAUUAUUCAUUCUUUUGGCCGGGCUUUAUAGGGUAUGGCAGCGGUAUUUAGAAACAGGGAUUUUUGAGCGUGCAGCACUAAAUGGUUUGAACUCAGGCACCUCUCUCUGUGAGCCACACAGCAAAGCUCUAGGGAGUCGGGGUCGAGAUUCGUAGUUUCACUCCUCGUCAUUUCUUUGAGAUCUGUUUCAUUGCUUUCUUUCGAUUUUUCAGCACCUUUUUCUUUUUUCCAGUAUCAAUCAUCUCUUUUUCAAGCUGAUUGCCUUAUAGUGAUAGCGAUCAGAUGGCGCACUCAGCUGGUACCUAAAGAUUAAGUGUAAGAGAUAUCACCAGCGCGGUCAAAUAUCAGAAGGUUGUUUUCUUAAGAAGCAGAGCGGCUCAGCUUGACAACUGUCUCCUUUUAUAAUCCUGUCAUAAACAAGAGGAUUAACUCGACUGACAUGUCUUUUCGUACAGAAAUAAUGGCAUCCAACUGCUAAAUAUGGGAUUUUCAGAUCGACAGUAAGAAUUAGUUUAAAUACAUACAAUAUUUGGAUCUAUUUGACCACAAAAACCCUCAGAUGGGGGCUUUAACCCAUCUUCAAACGUGACAUCAGAGUCUGGAGGCUUAAAUAUAAUCUGCUAAACUGAAACAGAUUGGUGGCAGGGCUUUGAGCAAUAUCGCCUUUAUGUGUGCAUUGCCAAGUCGCGGUAUGCGCCCCGGCGGUUGGGCAGCGCGGCGUGCAGGCACCACUAGCGGAGCGCACCCUUGACUGAGUGGCGACCCCGGUUAGACUGGCACCUGCGGUAAGGAGGCCCCCGUCUGAUCCGAACCACAACAUCACCACCGCCGCCACCACGCUAAUACCGCUUCACUUUAGCCGGAGCCACCACAGACCCCCUAACUCUCUGUCUGGAAAUAUUUCCUUGAACCACACAUGACUUAGCCACUCGGGCUUCCUUUUUACUUCCAGCCUUUUGUAGUUUUUGUCAGACCGUCUCGACACCAGGGCUUGUUCAAAGUCUCGAUGCUGUUUUGUGUUUUAGCGACCACAAAAAUGUAAAGCAACCGAUUCCCUACAAAGCUAUCGAUUGAUUUAGUUUGAGCUUUAUCGAUUGGGCUUUGCUACAUGUGCUUUUUUCAGCGUUUUAUUUUUCUUUCUUGUACUUCUCCCUUUUCCAAUUAUUCUGCGUUUUAAAGCAGAGUUUCCCAAUUUCAGUCCUGUCUUUGCAGGAACUGAAAAGAAAUAAACAAUUUACCAGCCGUGCGGAGAAAACCUAAACAAGCAAAAUCAAAGACAGAAAUGAAACUUUAAAUUCAGACCUCAUCCCGUCGGCGCUUGACCAGCAGCUCCAUGACUGUGCGAUCGGGGCUGAGUAUGUUUGACAGGCUGACCCCACUCCACUGUGACCCCAAGGUGAGCCCUCCAAAUCCUCCCCAGAGUGUUUCCCCUGUUCAUCUGUUCUAUUAGUUCCUCUUUAACACCUCGACAGGGCCUGACCUUUUCUUUUCGGGCCCGGGUCAGUGGUCAGGGUUCAGCGUGAGUACACAUUAGCAUAGAAUACUUUUGCUUCAAAUGAGGAAGGAUCCAGUUUUGUGAGUGUUGUCGGAUCACGGAGCACGUGUUAUUGUUUUAAUGACUUCAUAGCAGGGUUUCACAGAUUUGUGUCGUGGUGGCGAGCUUCGUCAAAUUGAUGUGUUUUCUCAGCUUUAGUGAAAAUCUUCUGACCUCAUGUUUGGGGUAAAUGGAACGUGAUUUAAGCGCGGUUGGUUACAUUUCAUUGACAAAGGAGGGAAAUAAGACGUGGAAAUAUUUAGAAGCCCGUGUUUUCGCUGCACAAAAGGGGGCUUGGGAACAAGUGUCCAAGUCUUGCACAAGCCUGACUCUCCCAAAGGGACUCUCUUGUAACCCUGGCCCGACCCUGUCCCCUGACCCUGGACCUGGCCUUAGGUUCUCCCUGCUCAGGGUCACGACCUCUUCCUCAAACACCAUAGUGUGCCUGUCACCGGGUCGAUGGCGGCCAUUGUGCCAGAUGACGUUAAUUCCUCAUCAGCUGGACGUUGAGGGAACCUCUUGAGCAGCUCCACGCUUUCGCUCUGUGGUCAAUCAAACCGGGUUUUAAAGAAGACCUGACGUGUUGGAAGACCAACUGCUGGACUAAUUUGUUCCUCUUUUUUUCUGUUGUCCGAAUAUUUUUAUAAAUCGCCUUCGCUCACAUUUCUCUUUCUUCCCUGUCCUCGCUCUCGUCUGCCUCUCUCUCAUUCUCUCGGCUCUCAUUAGCAGACCAGUCAAUAAAGCCACAAGCUUUUUUUUUUAAACAAUCACCAGAUCAGGGACAGAUUUAGGGAGAUUGAUCCCCAGGCUGAUCUGCUCUGGUGAAAGGAUCUUUAUCCCAGGAAAUCCAGUCUUAUUGGGGAUUCGUAUUGAUUAUGGGAGAGUGAAUAACAUCUGAAUCAAUUUCUUUAUUCUGCUGCGGAGCAGAUGUGCCAGAUUACACGUGAGCAGAAGAAAAAAACACAUAGAAACAAUGGACUUUGAUUGCAGAACAUGAGAAAAAUUUGGUAUAACUUCCAAAAAGUCUUUUAAGGCUCUUAACAGACCUUUUUAAGCUGUUAUUAAAAAGACUGGUAUUAGUUUAAUAUCUUCACUUGAGCGGAAAAAGCAAACCAGACCAUCAGCAGGAUAAUUGUUAACAGAUUAUAGUUACUUCUACCACAGGAUAGGUAAACAAGGGGUCAACAUUCAGGUUUUCAAGGUCCUUUUACAAUACUAAUUAGGGGUGUCCCGAUCCAACUUUUUUACUUCCAAUACAAUAUCAGUAUUUUUGCCUUCAAUACUGGCCGAUAUCGAUAUUGAUCCAGAAUUGUGCAUGAAAAGAUUUGCACUCAGCUGAAAUGUCUUUUUCGGACUUAAACAAAAAAUACCACCACACAGCCGAUAUCACUCCUACUCCUCACUACUUUGUUCGUACCUUAUUACACACUAAUGUUGUGAUUUAGUGGGCUCUGCAUGCUGGAUCAAGGCGCUGCGAGAUAGAGGUGCAGGAGCGGAGUCAGGAAUGGACUGCUUGUAUCGGUGUGCUGAUAUCGGAGAUUUUAGAUGCAGGCCGAUAUAACCAGAUAUUUGUUUUUUGCUGAUAUCGGACCGAUAUCCGCUAUCAAUAUCGUAUCAGGACAGCCCUAAUUCUAAUAGUUGAAGAGCAGGUUAGCGGAUAUAUAAUGUUGAUAUCACAUUGUUGUUGUUGUUGUUUUAUUUUGCGUUUGAUUAAAUACGAUAAUAUAGUGAGAGACAAAUCUGCUAAACCUGGAUAAACAUUUAAUUUAUUGGCCUUCCUCGGUGUUGGCUCAGUUUAAUGCUGCCACAUGCUCUGUUAGAGAUAAGACACUUUACUUUGUUCACAACACAAAUCAAAAUUCCUCACAGCAGCUUUAAAAGUUCUUCUUGACAUUUUAACUUUUAAAAUAAAAACCUUCCAGGUAGUUUUAAAUGUUCAUCCCUUUGUUUCUCUCUCUCUCUCUCUGUUUCAGAUAAGGAGAGCCUUAUCACUGAAAGUGGCAAGCUCCACACCUUGGAUAUCCUGUUGAGUCGGCUGAAGGCCCAGGGACACCGAGUCCUGAUCUACUCCCAGAUGACGCGCAUGAUAGACCUGCUGGAGGUACGAAUGUGCACACAGACACACACACACAAGCACACAACUGGACAGUAUCUGGAAUUAAACUACUGUGUGAGACUGUCUGAACCAGCACACUGAUAUAAAAUGCUAGGAGGGUUGUUUAAGCCUUGAGAGACCUGGAGUUACACCAUGGGGGAAAACAUUAAAAACAAUAAACACAGUUAGAAUAAUUAAAGAUAUACAAAGAACAUAGGUAGUAUAUGAAAAGAUUGAGAGCUAGACGCUGAAGGAUGAGAUAAAAUGUCAGUAAUACUGCAUUAAUUAAAGGCAGGUCUACAGUAUAAAAUUAGGUUUUAGGACUGGUUAACACAAGGCUGAACCAAAAAGGCAGAAAUUGAAAAAAUUUCAGACGAGUGACCGAUGAAGGAGGAUAAUUUGAAUCUCUUUCAGUCCACUUCUGGAUUUUACAGCAUUUCUCUGUAAAAAUCUUGUUUUAAAUUAAAGAGUUUGUUUUGUAUUUGCAAUAUUCGGGACUUUUGAACCAGAAUCUGCAACAUACAAGCACGCACUAGUCCACAAAAUAAUAAUAAACAUAAUAAUAAUACAUUUUAUUUGUAUAGCGCUUUUUACAGGAGCUCAAAGACACUUUAAAGAAAGUUUAAAAAACCUAACAAAAAUACAAUGAGUUAAAGAUUUAUAGUAACAAGCUAAAAAUAAGAUAAAAUCGAAUAAAAAGAAUAAAAGAAUAGAAGUGGGAGGGGCAGAAGUGAGGAGUGGGAUAAUAGUGAGUCGGGGGGCGUCAGGUAAUAAAAGCGAGAGUAAAAAGGUGGGUUUUGAGGGCAGAUUUGAAGCUGAUGAGGUCUGGGGAUUCAGGGAUGUGUUUAAUUAGGGAGGGAGUUCCAGUGUCCAAAGACACCUGGGUUUGUCUCAGUCCCUGACAACAUACCUUAAAUGUUGUCAGGGAUCCAUGUGGCUACUUGUUUAACUGGUAGGUAUAUAUUGCGAGGUAUCGAGCUACAAUGCCUUUAAUCAGCCUGCCUGUCCCUAGUUAGCGCAAUCAUUAGACGGCUAAUUAACAGGUCAGGCCUAAUUAGCAGGGUCUCAUCUGCAGGGGAGGCAGCCAGAUGGGAGGGAAGGACUGCAAGGAGUGAGGGAAGAGGGGAGAGGGGGGGAGAUGGGAGUGGCAAGAUCAUUUGGGUUGGAAGAGAAAGACGUUCUGCAGAAAAUUGGAGACAAAGCUAGUAGCAGACAGAGGGGGGAGAAGAUGGGAUUUAAUCAGGAGAGAUAACACAAAGCCAGAAACACCAGACAAAUUUAUAGUGACUCUAUUUUUUAUCUGCGCUGCGUAAGUGCUCUAAACGGCUCUGAUGGGCACAGUUUCAACUCUGAUAUGUCUUCGUAUCGUUUAGGUAAUUUAUGAACAAGGCCCUUUAUCUUCAUGCUUAAGAAAAGCGGCACAUAAAACUCCUCGACGGGGUCUUGGUCAGCUGUAAUCUGCUCCCGAGAUCAGAGUUUAAAUCAUUUGUUAAGUCUGUUAAUCUAAACUGUCUGUAGGGGAACAAUGGCGCAAAGCAACUCUGCAGGCGAUCGUUUGUCUCCAGCCUCGGCGCAAUUCUCCAUUGUUGCCUCCAUAUUUGUUGCAAAAAUCACUAUGGAGCCGAACGCCUUUGGCCUGAUGUCAUUGGGAAUUCCUUCCCCAUUCACACGGCGCGGGUGCUAUUUCCACGGCCAGAUCUUUUGAUGGCAGAUGGACCCAGCCCAGGUGGUUAAGGACUGUCUUCCUGUGUGUCUGGAAAGUAGUGGGAAUGCCUUGGCAGGAGGAAAAACAGCGACGGUGGGAAUGCUCAAGAUGUCGGAGAUAACGCAGGCGAGUCAGAUUGUGUUAAUGUUCUUUUCAUCGACUGUCCCCACCUGUAGUCGCCCCUCCAAAGCUAUGAUUUCCAGACCUUUUGAGGCGAUGUUACAGCCUUUUUCACAAGCGUAGGUGACCUCAUACACUGAUUGGAGUGUGUGACAGUGCCUCCUCUCAUAAUGGGUUUAAGGGAUCCAAGAGUGAAAUCAUAUAUGCGCCAAAUCUGGCUUAGUUUUCUUGGACUGUAUUAUCUUUCUCACUGGUCAGGGAUAAAACAUUCUGCAGAUGGAAUUGAUUUCCUGAACAUGAGACUGUGACUAAGAGAGAUUGAAAGAGAGGCUGAUGCUAAUCUCCGUCAUUAGCGUCAUUGUUUUCGUCGCCGGUCGGCUGCCCGUUCCUCUGGUGACAUCACUUUGCCGGGUGAUGGAUUGCAAAGAUCCGGGUGGCCUGAAGAAAAAUAACAUGGUCGGCAGUCUCUGGCAGCAGCCGAUAGUGGAUCAGGACCGCCGAGUCGUUGCCCUCCUUCCCCGCUUGAGUUGUGUGUCUGCGGCUGCUUAGGCGGCACUUUCCUGUACUGUAAAUCUGACGCUUUGAUUACAGUGCUGGCUGUCUUGCUCAGGGUUGAGUUUUAUCAAAGAUUAUGGAUUGCUGAAAUAAAGCUCCAACUAAACUCGCCUGUCAGUUCUUAUUUGUCAUCAUAAAACUGGGAUAAAACCACUCAAUUAUGUCAAAAGGUCCAUGAGAAGUGGACUAUUAUUAAUUGUGGUUGUAGAAAGGAGAGUGUUGCAACUUUUUCCAGGCCUCUUUAACUUUAAACCCAGUAAUGCAAUCCUCUGAUUAAGGAUGUUUCCUUUACAUGUAAGUGAGGCCAGGAGAAAUACGUCUCCAUCAGCCUUUUCCUUAUAUCAAAAUCCAGCUUCUCACUCUAACUCAGGGGUGGGCAAUUAAUUUUUACAUGGGGCCACAAGAGAAACCUGAAUUGUGCUGGAGGGCCGAACCAACAAUAACUUCAACUUCAAAUCAGGGGGGUUCACACGUACAGAAAAGCAAGCCCAAAUAAGCAACUACUAAGUAAAAACAAGCCCAAAAAAGCACACCCUCGACUCACGUGUUGUACAAGCGACUUCUGGGAGAAACAAAUCUAAAGUUGUUUAUAAUAAGCCGACUUGGCAACUAUGAGGCAUCUACGAAUAUUUUGCCGAUGUUUAAACUUGUCUCUAUUAAGGAAUGCAGGUGAAGGAUGUAUGCACGGACGGCCAAACGGAAAUAAAACAACAGCUAGCAAAAUAAAAGUAACACACUUGUAUAGCAUGUUGAUAAUUUGUUUGAUGGACCUCACAAAGGGCUGGGCAGGGACGUCCAAAGGGCCGUAAAAUGCCCAGGUCUGCUCUAACUACUAGAGUUUCCUAGUUUGGCCUCAUCAUAUUUUCGCUGUUGGCUCAGCCAGAGGGAAAAAAAAAGAUAUUGGUCGAUCAUUAAUGUGCUUUAACAUGAUUUAAAACAAUGUUUUUGCCACAUUGUCAACAGGCAGAGGUGAAAUGUGACUCUUUUAUUGUGAGAUCAAGAUAAGAAUAAGAAUAUGAUUAACUUAAUUGAUCCCCAAAGGGAAAUUCAAUUGUCUGUCGUCUUAUUUGUCAUGUCUCUUAAAGUCAUCUACUGUUUACAAAAGAGUUGUCAAGUCUGAUGGCUGUUGGUACAAAAGAUCUUCUGAAUCUUUCUGUCCUACAGCGAACAGAGAGGAGGUCCUACUGUAGGUGUCGUAGGUGUUGCUUCAACUUUACUGACCAGAAUCCAGUAUUUAACCCUGCUGGAUAGUAAUAUAAUAUGUCAGUCACCUUUACAACACUGAGGGCUGUUUGUAAUGUAACAUAUUUUUAGCGCUUGUACGCCACACUCCUUUUCACUUCUGCGGCUCUUUGGUGAAGAACACACUGUGACCCCGUACACUGUGUUCCCAACCUAAGACAGGCAGUGACUGCAAAAAACUGUCAUCGUAUACUUCAGAGAGUUUUUUUCUUUUUUUUAACUUGUGGGACUCAUUAUUUUCCAGGAAGUUGAGAACAAUCCCAUCGCUGCUCCUUGCUUGUUCUGAGAGCUGUUUUUAUUAAAUACAAGUGCCAGCUCUGAAGGUCUGACGUAAGAUUACAGCCAGGAAAGCAGCAGAUGUAUCAGACAGCAGAGGCUGAAUCUGAUUAUAUUUUCAAAACUAGUUUCUCUGCCUGCACUCCCUCAAAUAUGUGUUUUGUUUGGCAGGGAUCAAAAACAUAUCGAAAAGCUGCUGAACAAGAUCAAAAUUUUGUUAAUCUAAAUCAAUACCUUUAUUGAUAGAGUUAACAAUGAAGCAAAUUAAAGACCCACUCUGAUGAAAAGCAUGUUUUUCUUGUUUUUAAUAUGUUUAUAUGGCUUUUUUCUGAUGCUACGGGACAUAUAAGAAAACUAAAUGUGAAAUUGCUUUUCUGAGUACCAUAUUUUACAGGAUUGUGAGGCGCAUUAAUCAAAACAACACAGUCUGGUAAAUCAAACUUUAUUUAACUCAGUUGUAACAACAAAUACCGGUACAGAACAAUACACUCACUUACUGAUUCAUUCCUCUUCCACAAAUCCAUACAAUUCUUCAUGUUCAGGGUCUGAGUGAAACAGCUGUGCAAUUUCGGCAUCAAGUAGAUCCCUCUCGUCAUUAUCUGAGUCAGUCUCGUUGCUGUUACCGGUACGUGGCUGUUCAGUGAUGAUUCCAGCUUUCGUGAAAGCUCAGACGACAGUUACCGUAAUGCUCCGAAUAUCCAUUGAGCGGAGCAGCUUUGUUGCUUACAGAAGUCGUACUUACACAUUUCGACAGAUUUUUGAGCGCAUUGUACCACAUAAAAUCGCGCUGGAUCAUAAGGCGCACCGUCAAUUUUUGAGAAAAUGUAAGGAUUUUAAGUGCGCCUUACAGUGCGAAAAAUACGGUAUUUCUUCAUUCAAAUCGCUGUGAAUCUCUGGCAGACCCAAACAGCAGGAUCAGAAACAGUGAGAUUUCGUAUGUAACCAAUCCAAGCUCCGCCCCCAGAGCCCUACUAUCCAGGCAAUGCUCUGCAUAAAAAGAGGAGAAAUACAGAGGACGAUCACGAAACAAGCGUGUGCGGUGGCAGAUUGCAAUGCUCUCAAGAAAGCUAAUUGUGAUAUUAGUUUUCAUCGUGUCCCCAAAGACAUUAGUGUUCGAGAGCUUAACAGCUCCUGUGUUACCUGCCACUUCUACUACACCUGCAAUGUUAGGCUGCAAGCUAGCAUGAAGACGAGUGUGCAGAGCAGCGCUGUCUCCAGCGCUGUCUCCGCCCACCACUCAGAGGCGAAUUGCUAACUGCUUGGCGACUCUCCUGCCGAAAGCGUACAACGCUACUGCGCAAUGUUGGUUUCAGUAAAUGGAGAAAAAAUACGGAAUUACCGAGAGGUUUUCAGCUUCAAAUCUGUAGACUGGUUCAUUGUCUAUGAGAAGAACAGCCCUUGAAAAUGACACAGGUAACGCCAUUUUUGGUAAAACCUUAAUAAUCACAAUUUAAAGACCAUUGAGAACAUUUUAAGUCGUAAAAAAAAAGCAAUCAGAGUGAAACUUUAAAGAAACUACAGAAAUAUCACUGUCACUUCUGAUUUUCACCAUGAGAGCUGUUGAGGUCGAGUUUUCAGUCCCCAGCAGAGAUUUAAGCAUAGCAGGGAUUUUAACAGAUGGGCCCCAAGAGUGAGGGAUUUCAGAUGAUCUGCAGAAACUUUCUUAGUAAUGAGGAAAGAAAGUUUAGACAUAGAUGAGUUUUUAAGAUUAGAGGAGGCUGAGUAAGGCUUUUCUGUAAGAGCAACAAUAUCUGCAACAUCCUGCUGGCACGCUAUCAAAGCUCGACUCAACAGGGUCAGCAGCAGUUUGGCGAGCAGCGAGCUAAUGCUCCCUAAUGCAGUGUUCACUCAGAGCAGAUGGGGCUGCUGGGAACACAGCCAGACACCAAGAGAGAGAGAGAGAGAGAGAGGAGGGCAGGAGGCCUCAAGAGUCAUGACAGGGGUCUGGGGAGGGGGGGUCACCGAGAACAUGGUGUCGAAUCAUGACUAUCAUAGCCAAUGAUUGUGAGAGGUGAGUUGUGAUGUGUGGCGGUAAUUGUGACUGGUCGGUUGGUUUCAGGUCGGGGGGCACUGACAUGUUUGAGUGGGGAGGUCGGGGGUUCACGGAUGGGGGACUUACAGAGAGAUCAACAUGUCACCUCAUCAGUGCCCCCUUCCAGGAGACCUAACACCCCCCCCCCCUCCCAGACACAGACUUUUUGCAGAACAGCUUAGCAGACAUUUGGGGGGAUAGAAUUUCUAAUUCUGAAUUUCUCAAUGUCUCCCCCCGGCAGGGAUUGAAGUUUUAACUCCAGCAAAUGUGCUUAAGAAAUGUGGGAUUUUGACAUGUUGGACAAAAAGUUGCUUUUUGAAGGAAAAUCUUACAUCCAGUGUUUGUAUUCUUUGACCCUUGGAGCUAAACAAGAAGAGCUGCAGGGCUUCUCCUUUCCUUGGAGGAGGAUUUAAAUAGACCUGCAUUUUUUUUAAUAUGUGUAAAAAUCCAGAAAAAACAAGUUGAUAUAUCUGUUUUUUAAAUCUGGGUGACACGAGUGUACGUUUCAUGGUUUAAAAAUCAGUAGCAAAGGUGAUUCGGGGAGAUUUGGCUGCACACAGGCAUGAUUUUAAAAACAUUACUCCUGACUCCAAUGCAGGAUUAGAUCCAGUCUUUUUAUGUUUAUAAAGUCAGAGGUGUUGUUCCUCACAGCGAAUGUUUUCUGGGUCCAUUUCUAAAAAACUGGAGUAUAAAAACAUCAUUCUUGGAUUGAAAUCACCGCAUAAUGUCUCUCCAUCUCUCCCUAGGAGUACAUGGUUUAUCGUAAGCACACCUACAUGCGCCUGGACGGAUCCUCCAAGAUAUCUGAGCGCAGAGACAUGGUGGCUGACUUCCAGAGCCGGUGGGUACAUAUAGACACGAUCGGCGUGUGUGUGAGUGUGUGCGCAAGGAAACCAAACACCGUCAGUAAAUCAGCCUUUCUGUAUUUCAGCAAUAAGCGAACAGUUUAGUCUUACAUGAGCAGGUCAGUGCGCUCUGGUUUACAUUAUUAUGUAGCUUUGAGUUUGAGGUUUAUUGAGGGAGCUUCGUUUUAAGAGCUUCACCACUGGUAUCAAGUGCAUGUUUCAUUUAACACACUUAUUUUCUCUUAACGUUUAAUAGACUGUAAAAAAUGCUAUUGUGAGUCAAACCCAAUUCUGCUGCCAGGUCGGGUUCUUAUAUUGCAUUUUAACUUAAUUCGUACCAUGAUGCAGAGCUUGUAUUCGCUCUGCACGCUUGUAAAUGAUAUCUUUUCAAUUUGGCGACUUUUCUCCCUCCCUGCCCACCUUCCCUCACUCCCCCUUCCCCGCUCUUUCAGGACGGAUAUCUUCGUCUUUCUGCUGAGCACGAGGGCUGGAGGCCUCGGGAUUAACCUGACCGCUGCUGACACUGUGAGUCAACAACAGGAAAACACUCCACAAAGCACAACACUUCAGUUUAUUCAGCACAAAUGUUUGCUAAACACAUCGAAAGCUGAGUCAUAGAUAUAUGAAUGUUGACAUCUUAGUUUAUCGAUUUCUCUCAGCAUGAGUUCCCUGUGUGUCCCUGUAGCCUCAUUUCAGUGGGAUUAGUUUUGCUAACAAUGAGUUUUGAAGGACUAACACAGAACAUCUGUCCUGCUAAAGGGCACUACACUUGGGAUAAUAUGUUCCUCUAAUCAUUUGGAAAACUUCACAAAUAUGUGUUUGCAUCACGCGCAGUCGACUGUGCAAUCAAACGUCGUAUCAAAGCAGGAUUAACCCUGACAGCUUAGCUUUUCAUUGUUUUAGGAGGAUUCGUUUGUUUGUUUGUCUCCAUCUAGGUUAUUUUCUAUGACAGCGACUGGAACCCCACAGUGGACCAGCAGGCCAUGGACCGGGCUCACAGGCUCGGUCAGACCAAGCAGGUCACCGUGUAUCGCCUCAUCUGUCAGGGAACCAUCGAGGAGAGGAUCCUGCAGCGCGCCAAGGAGAAGAGCGAGGUGUGAAAGCAAAUGCGACAAAAAAGUGAUCAGUCUUCACGUGUAAACUUCAGAGUUGACUAAUUCUUGUUACUUCUGUUUAAUAAGAUCCAAAGGGUGGUCAUCUCUGGGGGCAACUUCAAACCCGACACGCUCAAACCCAAAGAGGUGGUCAGCCUGCUGUUGGACGAUGACGAGCUGGAGAAGAAAUGUAAACGUUUGAGACGCGCAAUCACAUCUUUUCUUGAUUUCAUAUCCACGAGGGAGACGGUGAAUAACGACGAAAUGCUUUGUGUUUGCUCCUCCUGACAGUGCGGCAGAGACAGGAAGAGAAGAGGCAGCAGGAGGAGAGCAGCAAGGUCAAAGAGCGCAAGAGGAAGAGGGAGAAGUACGCGGAGAAGGUACAUCAAACGUCAGCAGCUGUACUGGCAGAGAGAGGGAUGUGUAGAAAAAGCAAAGAACAGAGGAGAUUUAAAGGGAUAUUCCGGCGUAAAAUUAAUUAAGGGUCAAACACACCGUAACACCAGGUUAGAAUAGACACCUCCUCGAGAGAUGAAUGUUGCCGACCGCUUUCUUCUCUAGUUAUACCAACUUUAGUAACGACCACAGGAUACCAAUAUAGAGAGUCACAUACUCAACCAAAACACCACUCUAUAGCCACAAAUAAUGUUCAGAACAGCACCUAACUUCAUCAACAGUACAUAUAGGGUCCUAGCCAUAGUACUAGACACCAAACAUUUUUUUUUACUUUGCCUGAUUUAUUUAGCAAAGAGACUAAACACAACUCACCUACUCUCUUCCAGCAGCUGCUUCUUUGUAGGCAGAGCUUUGACGAGUCCAUUACCGACUGCAGCGGAGUUUCGCAGCUCAAGGAAGAACAUUUAUGACCAUCACUUUAUCAUUUCCUUGAAGUAAUAAUCACCAUAUUAAUCAUUCUGCACUGCAGACGCGGUAGUUCUUCUGCCUUAGCGUCUCGGUCUGAUUGCAUUUCCAUGAAGAAAUGAUCAUAAAUGUUCUUCCUUGAGCUGGGAAACUCUCGAGGGGUGUCUAACUCGGUUUUAUGGUGUUCAACCCUAACUUAGUUUCAUGCCGGAAUAUCCCCUUAAGUGUGAGACAAUGAUCAGAAAAGUGAUGAGGUGAGUAUAUGAUGAGAUGGAGGGAAACAAGUUACAGCCAAACGUGCAUAUCAUAGAGGAAGCUUAAAACAGCUAUAAGAUAAUAGGAAGAAGUCAUCCUCUUGGGAGCAGGAACCCGUCCAGAAAUCAUAAUCACUUUUAGAUUUGUAGGAUAUGUUGUUUUGGCUCAUCCUUGUAGAUUUUGACUUCUGCUAACACUGAAGAAAAUACCAGAGACUCACCAAAGGCAUAUGGAUCAUCCUCUUGGGAGCGUGAACAUCAUUAGAGCGCAUUCAAGCUUUAGUCUGAGGUACCUUGUCACGCAUGGAAGAAGUGCGAGAUGUGAGGUCAGGGAGGUUGCCAGCAUCAUUAAAUAUCAUCCUCAGGGGGGGACUGUGUGCGUGCCAGAUUUCAUGGCAAUCUGUCCCGUACUAGCAGAGUGAUCUUGCGCAGGACUUAAGUGUAAAACAGACUCAGACAGGCCUGUAUGUUCAACACUUUGAAUGGGAGAAUAAAUGCACAAAAAAAUAAACGCACAACCCGUUUCCAAUUCUCCUGCAGAAGAAGAACGAAGAGUUCGAGAACAAGAGGAAAAAGGAGGUGAACUUGGUCAUCUCUCACGCACCGUCAGCCGACAACUCCAAUCUGUCCGCAGACGGAGACGACUCCUUUAUCAGUGUUGAGAUGGACUCAGCCAUGCCCAGUCCUUUCAGCGAGGUAAGACAAGAAACAGCAAGUCUUCUUUGACUGGAGUGAAAACAGAGAGAGCUGUUGAAAAUCACUGUCUUGUCUUGAUAUUCACUCCUUCCUUUUCACGUGAUUCUGUCACUUUUUAUUCUAUCCAUCCAUAAUUUCUGCUUUCCUCUUUGGAUUCCUUUCUCCCUUCUUUGACUCUCCUUUUCCUUUCUUUCACUAUUACAAUCCAUCUUUUUCCUUCCUUCCUUCUCUUCCUCGGCCUCCUCUCCUUCCUCUUUCCUUCUUUCCUCUACUCUCCCCCUCUGCUGUACCGGCCCGGUUCCCUCGUUCCCCGUGGUGCUGACCCCUAGUCUGUGUGUGUGUCUGUGUCUGCUCCCCUCCACGGCCAGAUCUCCCUGAGCAGUGAGCUGCAGCCCGGCUCCUUACCCCCCGACGCCGACGCAGACGAGAGCAGCAGCGACAUGCUGGUCAUCGUGGACGAUCCGGUGUCCUCCGCCCCGCAGUCCCGCGCCACCAACUCCCCCUCCUCCGUGUCCGGAUCGGUCUCUGACAACAUGAACGGUGAGGAAGUCCGCCUUCGACCUGAGCAGAUCCUCUCACUAUGAGAUGUUUUGAACCGUCUUCGCUGUAUAUUCCUCUGUGACAUACAAUAACAAACCAGACAAUCGGCUGGAAGACCGAUCAUUCCCUCAUAUCAGCGGUUAUUGUUUUAAUAUCUGUCAUGAGUCGGAUUCAAUGUACAAUACGUAGACCAGAGGAGCCUUUGUUUACAUUUUCCCAGGCAAAGUUUCGCAGUGAGAAAUAUGUUGGCAAGUUGAAAGGAAGCAGUUGGAGAGUUUCCUUUUAAAGAGCACUACACACGCAUGUAGAGGAAAGGAUCAGCAUGCAGAUAAGACGUACUGCUGUGCUCUGUGUGUUGCUGUGAUUUAAACAGACGGCUUAAACAGAGUCACAUUAGCAUCGAAAAUUUAGUGUUUCACUCUGGAGCUUUGAAACCUGUGUCCAAACCCCCCAAAAUGUAGCAUACUGGAAAUAAAACUUAGAAAAAUAGAUGUUCGUAAGCAUCAACAAACAAUUAAUAAGUUUCUUAUAAGUUAUUAUAAAUCUCUUAAAGUCUGCUAAUAACUGUAUUAUAAUGAGACUAUUAAUAGAUAUAUAGUCUUAUAAACAAAUAAUAAUGUUAAUAAGCAUCUUGUACGCACUUAUAAGGGCCUUAUUACCUAUUAACUAAUGCUUAUUACAAGGACCUUAAUAUAAAGCGUUACCAAAUAGAGAUUUCUUUAACACUAUCUGAGGUAGCAUGAGGCACGCCGUCAAAAUAUUCACAUUCUAUGCUUUCCUCCUUUCUAAUCAUUUCUGUACAUGCUAUCUCCACCACUGACGAUUGUAAGAGCUCCAAACGUGCCAAAUAAAACCCAACCUCAGUCAUCGAGCGGCGGCAUUAUCAGGUUGUAACGUUGUCGGAAAAGUCGGCAGAUUUCUGUUUGUGGUCCGCUCUGUUCCCCUCACUAUCAGGACUUGUGUUUUAAUAGGCUUGCAUCCAUUCGAGCGAGUGGUCCGCUACCUCGUACGUGUUUUUUUUCCAGAUUUAUGAGGGUUUUAUUUUGCCCUGGCCACAAUGUUCCAGUAUGUUCUGUUCUCUUGGAUCCAGAUAAAUAGUCGGCCUAUGGAUGAUAUUGCCUGUGCUGUAUAUUUGUCCUUGGAUGCUUUGCAACAAGGUAAUCCCUCCUAAAUGCAUGCAGCUCGACUGAAACCCUUCUGGGAUAUUUUCCACCCUGCUAAGAGGCUCCUACCAGAGAGAUUAUUAAUGACCCCCAAUAAACAGACCCAGAGGGCUCAGAGAAAGUCGAUGCUUUCAGGAGACGUGAAUCAUUCUGUAAUGGAGGGUUGGAAGACGUAAUGAAAGUUUGAAUAAGGCAGCGGUCCGCAAACUUGGACAAGUGGUGAAAAAGGGAGGAAGAGCGAGAUUAAAGGCUGAAAGGAGGGGACGAGUGAGGGCUUUAUGGAGGGGUUUUCAUCUGUGCUUGGGUGUAAGUGAUGGGAUAGACUCGCCUCCCCCUGAGAGGGACUGAUACCUCAGGGUUUGGAUGGAAACAAGCAAAGAAAAUACAGACCAAUGGAGAGAGUGUGGAGUCAGAAAGAGGGGAAGAGGGUACAGUGAGGAUUAGGCACAUUACCAGUGAGGCAGAUACUGGUUUGAAAUUGGCAGACAGGAUGGGAAACAAGCAACGUUUCCAAGUCCUCGCCUGAAGUCGUAAUGAUAAGUAGUAAUUAUUGUGUUAUUACAGUAAAACUACAAUUUCCUUUUGAAAGAGGUCACUGAAUUUCAGGAUAGAAUAGAAUAGACCCUCCUUUAGACAAAGAUUCUGAUUUUUGUUUUCCUUUUCAGGUGUUUCAAUGUCCGAUACCAUCAGUACUGGCAGAGGCAGGUCUGGGCGGAGCAGAGGGAGGCCUAAAGGCUCGGGAGGCGGAGCUAAGUCUGGAGGAAAAGGACGUGGGCGCAAAUCGACAGCGGGCAGUGCGGCGGCUAUGGCAGGAGCGAUGGCCGGGGCGGCAGCUGCGUCUGCGGCGGCGUACGCUGCGUACGGUUACAGCGUGUCUAAAGGUGAGUGAAUGAGAUCUGAAAUCUCGGCGGGGUUGCGAGUUUAAUUUUCUGUCCUUCAACAUAUUUUUUCUUGGAAACUAUAAUGAACAACAGGUUGCUACACUGUGAACAAAACACACUGGCAAAAAUACAACUUUCUGUCAAUAGAAGUUGAAAUGCUGCAUUAGGUCAGCGGUGAGCUCAGUCCAAGCUUCAUACUACACCCUGAUUCAAAGCAGCUUUCAAGUUUGCUCUGAGUGCACACCGAGAAACACGGCAGGGUGACGUAAACUCAGCAGGUUCAGACGGCGCAAUAAAACCUCGUGAUUUUUACUUGAUAAUGGACUGAGUCCAUUUUCCCACGAUGCAUUGCAAAGAAAUUUUAGUAUGCCCACAGCCAGAUUUUUUUUUUUUUUUACAAAACUGGAGAGGCUUGUUAACAUCAAAACAAAGAUGACCAAUAAGUGAGUUGAAGGACAUUCACUCCGUUAGCUUUGUCGUCAGGCUCUUUUAGGUCAACAAGUAUUGGAGCACUUCUUCUACUGUUUCAUCUCCAGUUUAAUGUUCAUAUCUUCAGCUGAGAGCCAAAAUGAGGUCCUGGGAUUGUUAAACUCAAUAAACUAUCAAAGAAAAAGCCAAACAGUUUAUAGGACUCUGGUGACAGGUGAAAAUUUGCUGAUUUUAUUUAGACAAGAGGAAAACAAUGAGGAGGUUUGUGUUAGCUUUAUAGAGUAACUGAAAAAAUGGGAUAUGAUUUUAAAUGAUAAUGACAAAAACUGUAUUUGUACAGCACUUUUAAAAACAAGGGUUUACAAAGUGCUUUGACACUUUGGAUAAAUAAAAGAAGUGACCAACUCUUUUAGACACAUCUCCUCAGGCCGUUUUUUCCAAAGGAGCUGGACCCAUAAGAGCUUCUAAAGUGAUGAGUAGAAUCUUAAAUCAGUUUUAAAGGGAUAUUCCGGCGUAAAAUUAAGUUCUGUCAGCAACAUUCAUCUCUUGACGGGGUGUCUAACUCAGUGUUACAGUGUGUUUGACCCUAAAUUAAUUUCACAUUGGAAUAUCCCUUUAAAACUUUCAGGGAGUCAGCGGAGAGAAGCUAAAACCGCGUUUAUGUGUGUAAAGAUCUGCUACCGUUUGAAAUUCACCAAAUUUCAGAUUGCCUGUGUUUUAAGUCGAGGGUCUCAAUAACCACGUCCAUGUUGUGUCUACCUUCCAGCUGGCCUCUCUGCAUCCAGCCCUCUGCCGUCUUCUAUGGGUCGGUCCGGUACCAGCCCUGCCUUCAACCCCAGCAGGAGCUCCUCCCCCCAGGCCAAAGGUGGCACCUCCACCCCAAGCCCCCACAAACAGCUGGCUCACGGCCACCACCACCACCACCACCACAGCAGCCAAAUCGCAGUCAGGAAAGGAAAGGGCCCCGCUGGUCCUGGGGCUCGAUGAUGCACUUACGUACACACAAGUGCGCGCACAACAACAACAACAAAAACAACAACAACAGAUAACUGACCUUUUCUCACUGUGAUCUCCACAGAUGCACUACGUUUAAAAGAACUCAAAGAGACUACAGUAACUAACACUGACCACGUGGAGGAGCAUGUUGUUCGCUGGCUCAGCGGCUGACGCUGCGUUUUUACCAAAAGUACCUGGAACUUUAACCACAGGGUCUCCCUCGAAGGAUAAAAUGUUCCUCCAGCCCACGGUGUCUGCAUUUCCACUGGUUUUAACGUUGUGUAGCUUGGGCAAAUCAAUCUACCAACAUGUUAAAAAGUUUCUCAGCCAGUCAAAAAUACUCAGCAAUGCAAAUCCUGACUGAAAUUCCCGGUACUCUCUGUAAGUACUACACCCCAGCAGGAACCUUUUUAAGGAGGCAGAAUAGAGUCCCUUGAACUUAAUUUAGACCCCUGUAAAAAUGAGUACCUUCUUAGAUCCGUAGUCUUUUGGGAGAGUUUAAAAAGUCCUCCAGUAGACUUUUACACACACACGCAUUUAUUUAAAGGUACAGUACCCACCAGCCUGCACAUUGUCUUGGUUCACUCAUUAUUGAAUUUUUUUUCAUGGAUUGCAACGAAGGUAUGUCCAAGUGCUUUUCAAGAAGACGAACUUUUUUACCCCCUGAUCGGAAACUCUCUUAAUUUGCUACUUAGUUGUGAUGUCAUCUAAAAAAAAAAAAACAGACGUGAAGCGACACAUGUAGCAUUAAGGGCUGUGAAAUCCCUGCGUCGGCUUAAGUAGAGAGUCAAAGAAGUUUCUGUCUGAUGCACUGAGCCAAGUCUUCCGUUAUUUGGUGUUCCUGAUUCUCCUACGUGUAAAUUAGGUUAUUUAAUUGUCGUGUAGAUAUGCACUCUGGAAACUGGCGGAUGACUCAGCAUCUCACAGUGCAUAAUGUGAACCUUACCGACUCCCCCCAGAACAUAACCAAACAUGUCUGCAGCUUUUCUACUAAAGCCCUUAUUUUUCUAAGAAAGAUGUUAGUACCCAAACCGACAUGGUAGGCCUUAGCAUUUUGAAAAUUUCUUGGCGCACAAACGAAAUUCAAAAUGGAUGAUAUAUAUUUUUUGUCCAAAAUGAAUGAAUGGGUGAUGUUAAAAUUAUAUUCCAAAAUGAUACAGCAAUGCUGCUAACCUUAAAUUUAUAAAUUCACUUGCCUGUUUAUAGUUAAUUUAUUUGACUUAAGUUAAAAAUGGGCAGUUCCUGGUCGUUUUGAAUGGGAUUUUUCUCCUCUUGUAAAACAGUGUAAAAAUUGUACUGAAGCCAUUUUUACUUUUCAGAAGUUUCCUUGUGAUGAUGAGGAGUCUGUGGUUCUCUUUGAUGUCAUCGAUGUUUUAGAUGAAAAGAAAAUGGUUUGCAUCAGUGUCCUGAGUUGAGCACUACAUCUGUUAGAGGUUCGUUUGUUUUGUGUUAAUAGUGUGAUUAUAAAAAAAAAUUGAUGUUCCAUAUUGAUGUACAUAAUAAUGAAGCGAUGAAACGUUCUCCUCUGGUUUUCCCCCGGUUUGCCUGUCUAUUUUUAUAGGUCAUGUGUACAUAUGAAUAAAAGCAUCUGCCAUUGAUUUUACUAACAGAAGGAGCCAACUGAGAAUAAAAGAGUGCGAAAUCAGUUCCUCUGCCGGCCUCGCUUUAAUCCUUUCGCUUGUCACGCACAUCCGAGCCAACUUUUCAACUUCUAGCUAAAGAGGACAGAUCAAUGUGUGAGAUGGUAUCACAAGCUCUUCUUCCUCCUGUGCAGGUCCUGAAUUCUUGUUUUUAAUUGCAUCAACUAAAGCGUGACUGACUCAA